UCCUUAGGGUAUAGACUGGUAUCAGGAGAGGCGCCUCACUUCACUUUUGACAGGUGAAGAGGUGAGUCUGGUGCGCCGGCUGGUCUCCUGGUUUAUCAUUACAUUCCACUUUAUUAAGAUAUUUCUAGGAAAGUUAUCAGGUGUAUGUUGGUGAAGCGACUGCUGCGUGGGUUACAGUCUGCCAUCAUGUCUGACAAAUACAAUGUUGCCUUUGUACUUGGUGGUCCUGGUGCAGGUAAAGGCACUCAGUGUGAAAAAAUUGUUAAGGAAUUUGGAUAUGUUCAUCUGUCAGCAGGAGAUCUGCUUCGGGAAGAGCGGGCUAAGCCAGGAAGUGAAUUUGGAGAUAUGAUUGAAGAACAUAUUAAGAAUGGUACAAUUGUUCCUGUUGAAAUUACUUGCUCUCUCCUUGAACGUGCUAUGAAGGUACAGCAUUAAGUGGAUUUCUUUGAU